AUGAGCCAACCAGAUUCUCAAGUCAAGAAAGAAGUAACUGUUAAGAAUGAGAACACAAACAACACAUUAACCAAGAACGGAUCUCCGUCGCCAUCAAAAUCGGAGGAAUGGCAAACGAUACCUUUAAAGUCAUGCGGUCCCGAAGAAAUCGAGGAUGUUAGAAUCCACUUAAUGAAAUUUGCCACCAAACAAGAUGUGGACAUUGUGAAGGAUUUUGAAAAACCUGUGAGACUUCAUCGGAAGGAUCCCAGAAAUAUGCAAUUUCACCUUACUCGUCAGGAGUUAGAUCAACGAAGAAAGGAGAAGGAGGAAGCCGAUAAAGAAAGACUUCAACGUGAAGCUGAGGGGGAUUUAGAAGCAUCGAGCUCGGCUCAGGGUGCAGCCCCAAAUACCACCACAGAAGAUACCAAGUUUAACAACAAGAGCCAGGCUGAUUUGUCACAAGUGGCUCCUGAUGGUGGCGCUCGAAAGAACAAGAAGAAACUAUUCAAACGAAAGACUAAGCAGAUCAAUCUAAUGGACGAAGCAAAGAGGAAAUUACGAUACGAAGAGCAUUAUCCUUGGGUAAUUGAAGAUUACACGGGGAAAAAUGUUUACGUCGGAAAUUAUGAGGCUGGGUCGACGGAACUGCAACACGUAUUGUUUGUUUUUGACAAGGAUGGCUUCAAAAUGAUACCUGCAGAAAAAGUUUAUAGGUUUACUCCUAGAAACAGAUAUGCCACGUUAACACUUGAGGAAGCUGAGGCCAAGAUGGAAAGAAACUCAAGUGUUCCCAGAUGGUUGAUGAAACAUAUGGAGAAUGACUCGAUUGCGGAAGGUUCACCUGAUCAAAGAUUUCGAAACAACUCGCCUUCAGCAAAUGGUAGAGUCAUCAGCAAUGGAGGUGCGCAGAACAGACGUAUGAGGACGGUAAUGGGAGGCGAUUCGCGAUCAGUUGAGGAAAGAGAUUCUGAUCAUGACGAUUUGGAUUUUGAGGAGGAGUUUGCCGACGACGAAGAAGCUCCUAUUAUGGAUGGAGAUGAAGAGGAGAAUAAAAUGUCGGAAAAGAAAAUAAAAAAGGACAUGUUGAAGGCUUCAGCAUUCAAUGCUGAAAAUGAAGACGAUGAGGAUUAUGAUCUAGAUGAUUUGUUUGAAACUGAAAAAUCAAGAAAAGUGGAUAAAGAAGGGAAAAAAUUGAGAAAAGUUUUGAACAAAAGGGAGGGAGGAAUUUACGACAGCGACGGGGACGACGAACAAGGAAUGUUGCCUUAUUUAUCCAAAUCGGAUUUGGAAAGUGAGGAAGAAAGCGACGAUGAAUCAAGGGUUAAAGUUAAAGAGGAGCCAACAGAAGACACUCUUAAAAAAGAUGCACAAAGAUCAAACGUGAGAUCGUUUGUGGUGUCUUUGAUAUCAGAUGGGUACGUUGUUUUAAAAGCCCCAAAGGAAUUUCUUUCGACUUUACCUCGAGGAGAGUGGAACCCAAAUGUCCCCAAACGCUCCACACCAGAACCGUCAUCUCCUAGAAAGAAAAUAAGGUUGGAGGAGAAUCUGUCACCAGUGACAGUGAAAAAGGAACCAUCACCAGCGGCCUCGUCUGUUCCAGGCUCACCGGUUGACACGAGUGCAUUGUCUGACCUACGUGAUGCAGGCCCAAACAAUUUGUUAGUCACUGUUGACGAUGUUUUAAAGAUUGUCAAAGACCAUCCAUUGACAACAAGGGAACUUUUGGGUGGUUUAAAGAGCAGAGUUAGUGCACAUCCAGAUAACAAACAGAGGAUAAUCGCUAUCGUAAAGCAGAAUUUGAAGUUGGUUGAUGGUAAAUUGGUGCUCAAAUCCUGA